AUGACAACCCGUCUCCACCCGACCCCAACCCUCUUCGUGUCUGCGGUGAUUCUAGCCAUCGUUGUUCGUUUUCCGGCCAUCCGGUGCCAAGGUACUUCACGAUAUGAUGCUUGUGGUGAGUCGAUCGAGUGUGGGAACGAUCGACUCGAGUACCCGUUUUGGGGGUCAGGCCGUCCUGCCUAUUGUGGCCACUCGGGUUUUCAGCUCACUUGCCAAUCCAGUGUUUUCAUACUCAACUACGAAUCGGUAGACUAUCGAGUCUUACGAAUGGWUACCAGUACACAAGUAAUCACCAUUGCUAGAAAUGAUCUUUAUACCGACUCUUGCCCUCGAUAUCUCUACAACACCACCUACAACUCGACACUCUUCAACGACGAUAAUUUUGACCAAGAGAAUGUAUCCUUGUACUACGGGUGUAAUUCUACUCUAACAACGGUGACGUUGCCAUUUGCUGGUUACAUAUUUGAGUGUAAUGUGAAUGACACCCAAACUGACAGUUACUUCUAUAGAACGAGUCUGGUAAACAGCAACUUGAUCAACUCCUUUCAAUUGGUUUCGUGCAACAAUCAUAUCACUGUACCCGUGAAUCAAACUUCGGCCACUCAAUUGGGGUUGCCCACUGCUACAACGAGUCAGCUAAGAUCAGCUCUGACUUCUGGUUUCAAUCUACGGUGGACGGUGUAUAAAGACGAGUGUGAUCGGUGUAUGCGGUCCGAAGGUCGAUGUGGGUCCAAUUCGACUUCUGGGGAGUCGUUUGCUUGUUAUUGUGCUAGCGGGGAAUUCUCGCGAACUUGUAACAAUUCGAAUGAAGAAGGGAGUUCCAAGAAUGGGUCUCUGAUCAUAAUCCUUCCAGUCAUUGGAGCGAUUCUUGUUGCCAUUGGGAUCGUAUUUGCCAUCUUUGUCUGCAGAAAGAAGAAAAGGCGUGCGAUUAAAGAAGCAUCACCUGGCCAAACCGAAACCAAAGCCAUUCUAACUAUUGAUUCGAGCAAAACAUCAACCACCGACACUCAAUCUAAUUUCACUUCCAGCAUUCCUUCGUAUCCGUCGUCGAAAUCAUCUAAAGAUUUUGCGAAAAGCUCCUAUUUUGGAGCUCAUGUUUUUAGCUACGAGGAACUAGAAGUAGCUACCGAUAACUUCAAUGGUUCAAGAGAACUUGGAGAUGGCGGUUUUGGAACUGUGUACUAUGGUAAGCUUCUUGAUGGUCGAGAAGUUGCUGUCAAACGUUUAUACGAGAACAAUUUCAAACGCGUAGAGCAGUUCAUGAACGAAGUUGCGAUCUUGAUGGGUUUAGGUCAUGAAAACCUAGUGAAAUUAUAUGGCUGUACAUCAAAGAGAAGCAAAGAACUACUUCUAGUUUAUGAAUACAUCCCCAAUGGCACAGUAGCAGAUCAUCUUCAUGGAAAACUAGCAAACUCAAACUCCUGUCUGUUUUCAUGGUCGGUCCGCCUCAAUAUCGCCAUGGAAACAGCCGAAGCCCUAGCUUAUCUACACAAAAAAGACAUCAUACAUCGUGACGUGAAAACCAACAACAUUCUUUUAGAUAAAAGUUUCCGAGUUAAAGUUGCAGAUUUCGGGUUAUCAAGAUUGUUCCCAAACGACGCGACUCAUGUUUCGACCGCCCCACAAGGAACGCCGGGAUAUGUUGAUCCUGAAUACUAUCAAUGCUAUCAAUUGACCGAUAAGAGUGAUGUUUAUAGCUUUGGGGUGGUCUUGUUUGAGCUCAUAUCUUCGUUACGAGCCGUUGAUACAGACCGACACAGGCUCGAUAUAAACUUGGCGACUAUGGCUAUGACAAAGGUCCAGAACCAUUUGUUGGAUGAGUUGGUUGAUAAGAGUAUUGGGUUUGAGAGUAAUGGGUCGGUGAGGAGGAUGGUGACUUUGGUGGCGGAGCUGGCUUUCCGGUGUGUGCAACAGGAGAAGGAUAUGAGGCCGACGAUGAAAGAAGUGGUGGAAACUUUAAGGGGAAUUCAGAAUGAUGAUAUGAAUGCUCAGAAACCGGAGGUGCUUGAUAUUGUGGUGGACGACGGUGGAGUAUUAAUGUCGCCGGAAUUUGGGGUUACUAACAAAUUGGUUGACGGUACCGUACCGAAUUCUUCCGAUGGCUGAUCGGAGUUUUAUAUGACAGUUGGUUCUGAAGGGAAUGUAAAUAGUAACAGUUUUAGAGGUACUAAAAUUUUAAAUAUUUGUUUUCAGGAUCUAUCUUUAAUUAGUUGUGGAGAUCAUUAACUCUUAAUUUAUU